AGCGUCUGGUGUGCGUGGACAAUUCUUCUUCGCGUCUGCUCCGUCUGAGACAAGUUCUGGCCACGCACGGUCAUCUGACUAGCGAAGAAAACCCAAAGGUGCAUAUCGUUCAUGAGAGCCACUUUCCCGAAUUCCUCCGAUCCGAACUGGCCGUGAAGGACCGUUUAUUUACCAAAGUGCUCGUUGAUGUUCCGUGUUCCGCUGAUCGUCACGCUCUACAUUCGUCAGAAGGGAGCAUGUUCUCAAAAGGAAAAUCCAAAACUCGUGGCUCUUUGCCUGACCAACAGCUAGCACUGCUUCGCCGUGCCAUGCAGUUGUGUCGCCCGGGUGGCUCUGUCGUCUACUCCACCUGCACCCUCUCACCCGCUCAAAAUCAGGCUAUCAUCGAAACCUGUUUGACCAAAUCAAACUCACAGGCUACAUUUUCGCCUGUCGACUUGACUCCUCUGAUUCACAUGUUCACCAUGGCGCAACCAGCACUGGGUCUCUCAGUGCUGCCAAUUCAUGUCAAUUCGUUGACCUCUGCGCCCAUCGGAUUACUCGUUGUUCCACGAAUCUCGGCCAACUAUGGCCCAACCUUCGUAUGUAAACUUCGACGCGUCUCGUAACCAACGGACUCAUCGCACUUUACUGUCCCCGUUUCCGCAACAGUAUCCACGAUGUUUUCUUACUUUUUAUCACUCUUGUGGUUUUCAUCUCAUUUGUCUGUGCAUCUGUAUCGCGGCGAUUCACUUCAGCUUCCUCCUCCCGCAAAAAUCUGACUCACUCUCAUGAAUCGUGUUCCCACCGCAUUGAUCGAUUGGGUCUCUACCGCUUCAUACGUCUUCAGUGAGGAACUACAAUCAUUUAGGCCACUCCGCUUGUAAUUGCCGGUGAAUUUUGCCACAUUGUUUAUUCUAUUCAGUAUCUCGAUCUUAGACAUACAAGUUAAGAAUCUCUCUUACACUAAGUUGCAAAUGUACCGCAUUUACCUCGCUCUCUUGUGAACACCAACCUGUCAUAGCUAUUGUUACUAUGGCAUUUUGAAGUAUGACCAGCGCCUUGUAACUAGUGACGUAUAUUUCAAUAUAAUGCGACUCAAUCAGUU